AUGUGCGACAUGGGGGGUCUAGAUAACCUGGUGGCCAACACGGCCUACCUGAAAGCCCAGGGCGGCGACGACAAGGAGAUGAAAAAGCGCCGUCGCAGCUUGUCGCUGCCCAAGCCGGAGCAGUGCGCGGCGACGCGAAGCUCCGUCGACAAGGACUACGUCUCGCUCUGCGAACGGCAGCCCAUCGGGAAAAAGUUUUUCCGGCAGUUCCUGGCCGGCACCGCCCAGUACAAGCUGGCGGCCGAGUUCUUGGACGAGCUGUACGACUGGGAUCUGGCCGAAGGGGCCGCCAAAGACAAGGCGCGCCAGAACAUCAUCAACAAGUACUGCAAAGCCGACUCCAAGAACUUCUUGACCUUCCUGAGCGGGGAGGCCGCCGACAAGUGCAAGUCGGUGACCGACGCCACCUUCGAAGAGGUGAUGAAAAGCAAGGUCCAGGAAGGCGUCAGGGAUUAUUUGAAGGGCAAACCCUUGACAGAUUACCAGGCCAGUCCUUUCUUUGACAAAUUUCUUCAGUGGAAGGAAUAUGAGAAGCAGCCCAUCAGCGACAAGUACUUCUACGAGUUCAGGACCCUGGGAAAAGGUGGCUUCGGAGAGGUGUGCGCCGUCCAGGUGAAAAACACAGGCCAGAUGUACGCCUGCAAGAAGCUCUGUAAAAAGCGACUGAAGAAGAAGGGUGGCGAGAAGAUGGCCCUUUUGGAGAAGAAGAUCUUGGAGAAGGUCAACAGUCUGUUUCUGGUCAACUUGGCCUACGCUUACGACACCAAGACCCACCUGUGCCUGGUCAUGACCUUGAUGAACGGAGGAGACCUCAAGUACCACAUCUACAACAUUGGCUACGACGGCAAGGGCGCGGACAAGGGCAUCGAGAUGAAGCGCAUCGUUCACUACACGGCCCAAAUCACCACCGGGAUUCUUCACCUGCACGCCAUGGACAUCGUUUAUCGCGACAUGAAGCCCGAGAACGUCUUGCUGGACAGCUUCGGCCAGUGCCGCCUCUCGGAUUUGGGUCUGGCCAUCGAGAUCGCUCCGGGCAAAACCGUCUCCCAGAUGGCCGGCACCGGAGCGUACAUGGCCCCGGAGCUUCUGAACAAAACCCCGUACAGGACCUCGGUGGACUGGUGGGCGCUGGGCUGCAGCAUCUACGAGAUGGUGGCCGGCUACACGCCUUUCAAAGGGCCCGAGAGUAAAAAAGAGAAGGUGGAGAAGGAGGAGGUGCAACGGCGCAUUCUCAACGAGGAACCCAAGUGGGAGCACAAGUUUUUCGACGCCACCACCAAAGACAUCAUCCAGCAGUUCCUCAAGAAGAAAAUAGACGAGCGUCUGGGCAUGAAGGACAACAUGGAGGAUCCCAGGAAGCACCCGUGGUUCAAGAGCAUCAACUUUCCCCGCCUGGAGGCCGGCCUGGUGGCGCCGCCGUGGACGCCCAAGCCCAACGUGGUGUACGCCAAAGACACGGGCGACAUCGCCGAAUUCUCCGAAAUCAAAGGCAUCGAGUUCGACGCCAAGGAUGACAAAUUCUUCAAGGAGUUCAGCACGGGCGCCGUGGCCAUCCAGUGGCAGACGGAGAUGAUCGAGACGGGACUUUUCGACGAGCUCAACGACCCCAACAGGAAAGAGGGCGGCGGCGGAGGCGACGAUGACGAAAAGAAGUCCGGUACUUGCGCGUUGCUGUGA